UAAAAAAAAAAAAAGGGAAAAAAAAACCUGUCAACUGUAGCUCACGUAGGUACGGUCGCGCCUCACAUUUCGUCGUGGGUUUCUCUUCCAGGCUGAGGUGACCGUGAUAGCUGGUCGCUGCUGAAAAGGCAACAUGGGAUGCUUCUUCUCGAAGAAAUCCAAAAGAAAGUCGGCGGAGAAGGAGAACCUCACGCCGACAACGACGAGUGCUGAUACUGCAGGUAACUCGGUUCCCCUUGGCAACAACACCGACGAGGCUCCGAAGCAGUACAGCUGGGACAAGAGGGAAAAGGUUGACCCCAAGGAUUACACUCUGACUGGACUCAAAGACGUCACUGUGGGCCGGCUGCCUGGGACGCUGAACGGCAAGCCGUUCGUCAUCCAAGACUGCGAGAACUGCAACAUCUUCGUCUUGGACCACUCGGCGACCAUCAACAUUGACGACUGCGUCAACUGCCGCAUCGUCUUCGGGCCCGUGAAGGGCAGCGUGUUCUUCAGGGACUGCAAAGACAUCAAGUGCGUGGUGGCCUGCCAGCAGUUUCGCGCGAGGGACUGUAAAAAGAUGGACGUGUUCCUGUGCUGCGCCACCCAGCCCAUCAUCGAGUCCUCCACGGGAAUGAAGUUCGGCUGCUUCCAGUACUACUACCCGGAGCUGGCCUUCCACUUCAAGGACGCCGGGCUGAGCAUUUUCAACAACAACUGGAGCAACAUCCACGACUUCACGCCCGUGUCGGGGGAGAACAACUGGAGCCUGCUGCCGGAAGACGCAAAGGUGGCGGACUUCGUGCUGGCGCCCGACCCGGAGUCCGAUUUCAAGUCCGUCCGGAUCUCCACCGAGGCCGCCCGGAGCAUCGUGCCUUUAACGAAGGGAGGCAGGCGGAAAGACAGCGAGGAGUCCUGCCUCUUCGUUUUCUUUGCCGGGGACUACACCACUGCGAAUGCCCGGAAACUGAUCGAUGAGGCCACUUCUAAAGGAUUUGUGCUGAUCCAGACUAAGGAGGUCUCCAUGAAGCCUGAGGAUGCAAAGCGUGUGUUCCAGAACAACGCAGACGACCUUGUGGAGUGGAUCAACAAAGGCCCGGUCACUGCCCUGGAGCUGAACGGUGAUGGAGCAGUGGAAGCAUGCAAGACCAUCGCCAGUGAGGUUUUUAGUGGCACUAAGGUUUUCGUUUCAGACAAUAAAAAUAUGUCAACCCGAGACGUCGACAGCUUCUUCAACUUUGCCGACAUGCAGAUGGGUUUGUAAAUAAGUCGGCCGUCCAAACAAGCUGCCUGAGCUGAUUGAGAUUCCUUUUUACGGGAUGGAAGACGGAAAAAUCUGCAGACUGUUUGAGGUUGCCUUGGAUCGAAUGAGUCAGUUUCCACAAUCACAUGAAAAGGUUGUUCCCUUUUUUUGGUUUUGUUUUGUUCUGUUUUAGUUUUUUAAUGCCGAGGGAAGAAAAGGCUGCAAACCACUCAAAUGUUAGUUCCUAAGAGUGCUGUGAUUAUUUAUGUUUCUGUGAAUGUAUUUUGUAACUCUGCUCUCAUUUUUCGUGAAUGUAGCUGUUUCUAUAAAUGCGCUUUUUUUUUUAUUAUUUAAAAUUUUACUUUUUAUUGAUUUCUAGGAUAAAGGAGAGCAAAUGGGGGGGGGGAACAUGAGUUCAACCAUAUGGUUUCUCUUAGAAUUAUGUGUUUGUGGUUUAAAUACUGGAUUUUUCUCUGUUCAAAAUGUGUAUAUAUGAAAUGUGCUGUAUAGGUGAUGACCAUGUUUUUACUCUUUCUUCUUAGGCCCAAACCAGGUUGUGAAAAGUUGAUUUUAAGUUAUCUGUUUUCGCCAACACAUAAACACAGGAGAGAGGCUGGCUUUUUAAAGUAGGCAACUUGUUUUUUGUUUUUUUUUUACAUAUAUAUAUUUUUUAUAUGCAUUACUGAACCUCUUUUGUAUAGAAAAAAAAAAUCAUCACCUAUAUAUGAAUAUAUAUUUUGUAAAAUGUUAUUUUGUAAGAUGACUGAAAGAAAACUUCAGUUUCUUCUUCACACCUUUAAAAGCUGAACAACGGAAUGUCUAAAGUAAAAUUUGCAUAGUUACUCAGCUUGAUAACACAUGUGAAAAAACAGACGCUGUUCAAAAGGGAAAUGCUCUUCUUCCUCUUUGUGAAUUUAUCUUCUUUUUUUUUGUUCAAAGCCUCCAAAGGUCAAUUUAAAGAGACUGAAAAUGGAAGCACACUAGUUGAUUCACUAUUGUUGAAUAAUUAUUUACUGUUAGUCCUACUAAAUUGGUUUACUCUCUCUUCUGGAUGAUGAGUUUAGUUGGAGUUUUUGCUAGAUGAAAAAAAACAAACAAAUCCUCCGUAAUUCACAUGUAUUCCACUUACAUGAAUCAUAUGUCUCAUUAUAAACCGAUGACCUCGUUUACAGACUUCACUACACCCAGAGCGAUAUAAAGACAACAAAAAAAAGAACGGCAUAUAAAUCAUUACUAUGCCAUACUGUUCCUGUUUUUAUUUUAACCACAUCACUUCUGACUUAUCUGUUUUUACAGUCACUUCCAAGGACACCCAUAAAAACAUGCCAUGUGAAAUUUGUCAAUUUAUUUGUAUCUGUACGUUGAUUUAAAAAAAAAAUUUUCUAGAAAGUGCAUGUCAUUUGUAUUUUGUUUCUGAAUUUUUAAGUGCGUAACUAUGACCUUUAUGAAAUGCCAGAUUCAUAUUAAAGUCCGUAGAUUAAAUGUUA